CUUUGGAUAUACCACAAUUGGCCGAACAAGUUAAUAGCGUAAUUCAAGAAUUUAAUCAGCGGCCUACCGUUUCUAUUGCCUGGAGUGAUGUGCUAGCCAAUUUAGGAAGUAUACUAAAUUAUUUAAAUCCUGGUCGUAGAGUUAGUAGAGAUCGCUUAUUCAGUACACUAGUUGUCAUCAUUGCUAUUAUUGACUUUUACAAUAUAGACUGUGUUAUUGACUUAUGGGAUAUUUAUGCUGAAGUAGCCGAAAUGAUCUCUAAGAUGAAGGCACAAGAGCAGAUACAAAGGAAUGACAAACAUGACGAAUUGAGGCGUUGA